UUCCUCUCACACACUCUCUCUCUCUUUGUGAAUAAUGUAUAUACUUUUGCUUAGCAACAAAGUCUUCUUUUCUUUCACCAUCCCCAUUUCACCAAACCGAAAGCUCUCACAGGAACCUCACCCGAUCACAAAUGGCGGAUUCGAGCCCUUACACCAAGACCCACAUCCCAUUUUCGGAGCUGAACUCACCAAUCCAACCAAAACCCAAAUGCCGAGGUAAGUCCUUCACGAACUUCCUCUUCAAAUCUCUCUUCUUUGCGCUCUUUCUCAUUGUUCUCCCGCUGUUCCCUUCACAAGCUCCCGAAUUUGUCAGCCAAACCAUUGUUGCCAAGUUCUGGGAGCUUAUUCACGUUCUCUUCAUUGGCAUUGCCGUAUCUUAUGGCUUGUUUGGUAGAAGAAAGGUCGAUGUGGGCAUAGAAGAAACUCACUCAAGUUUCGAUACUUCACAGUCUUAUGUGUCUAGCAUGUUUAAUGUUUCUUCUAUUUUCGAAGAUGGGUUUGAAAAUCCAUGUGGGUCUGAUGAAAAGAGAGUCAUUCAUAGUUGGAAUAAUCAGUUUGUUGAAAGUGAGGAUUUUGUUGUAUGUGGUGGUGUUGAGGAACAGCACAAACCCAAAUUUUCGAUGUCUGAAAAUGGUUUUGAAAACCCAUAUGGGUGUGAUCAGAACAAUGUGGCGCAGGCUUGGAAUUCUCAGUACUUUCAGGGUGAACCCAUGGUUGUAUUGGCUCAACAAAAUUAUGGUCUUGAUGAAUUGGGUAAACCUGUAUCUGUAAUCGAUAAUAAGCCGUUGGGAUUGCCCAUUCGGAGCUUGAAAUCGACGGCGAGAGAGCUAGAUAGUCCUGAGUUUAUUAAUGGAAGUGAGUCUGGGAACUCAGGUUCAAAGGGUUCAUCUAAGAGUUCUGAUAGAAGUAAAAGUGGGGAUUUUGGAGAUUUAGGUCCUGUGAAUUUGGAACAGAAAUUCCAUGAAGCAGCUGCUGCAGCAUCAGCACCUUCCCCAAUUCCAUGGCGUUCGAGAUCUAGAAGGAUGGAAAUGAGAGAGAAAGUGGGGGCUGCUAGUCGCCCUUCACAUUUUAGGCCUCUCUCGGUUGAUGAAACUCAAUUUGAGUCGCUCAAAUCGCGGUCUUUUAGGUCCACAGGAUCUUUCUCAUCCCAAAAUAGUUCAAUCUCUCCCUCAAAUUCUAUUUCCUCAGAUUUACUGAACUCGAGUAUGGAAGAUUUGGGAGAAAAGAAGAGUUCUCACGGGCCUUCUCCCGAGGCUUCACCAUCACCACCAAAACCAACAAAUGGCAAGGCUUCAUUGAAUGGAUUGCAUUCUCGGCAUUAUAGCAUUGGUUCAAUGUCUAGAAAGGAUGCCUCGAGAAGCUCUGAAAACGAGUCAAAGGAAUGGAGUAAGAGUAGAAGAGAGGAUCCACUGGGUGGUGAAGAUAACAGGAUGGAUUGCAUCCUGUUAUCUCCCGAGGCUUCACCAUCACCACCAAAACCAACAAAUGUCAAGGCUUCAUUGAAUGGAUUGCAUUCUCGGCAUUAUAGCAUUGGUUCAAUAUCUAGAAAGGAUGCCUCGAGAAGCUCUGAAAACGAGUCAAAGGAAUGGAGUAAGAGUAGAAGAGAGGAUCCACUGGGUGGUGAAGAUAACAGGAUGGAUUCUUUGAAAUUGAAUAUGAAUCCGGCAAGCCUCACAAAAGCUCCGCCCAGGGGAAAAUCAGUGAGAACAAUUAGAUCUAGUGGACUGACUGCAGGAGCAAUGAAAAAGGAAGAGAUAUUGCAAAACCAAAUUGAUGACAAGAGCAAAAAGACACGUGAAAAUUUGAAGGAAGCAUACAUGAGGAAAGAUAAAACGAAACUUGGACUUGAUAGUCUGAUGAUCGACACCAGCAAGCAAAAUCUUGAUUAUUUCUCUCCUCCUCCUAUUCCUAAGGCAACAUUCUCAAAGUAUCACAAGAAGGAAAAGGAAGAAUUUCAUGAGAAUGUAGCUGUAGGGUUUGAAGAAAACUCAGAUACUGAGGCUGGAAAUUUUCAAGAAAGCUCGGAUGAAUAUGAUGUCUCUGGCUCUGUCAAUGAUGCAGGACCAGACUCUGAUGAGGUUGAUAAGAAGGCUGGUGAGUUUAUUGCUAAGUUUAGAGAGCAGAUUAUGCUUCAGAAAAUGGCAUCAAUUGAAAGAUCAAGAGGACCACAUGAAGGUGGAAACUAUUUUAGGUGAUAUAUAAGCUUAUGCUGCUAUAUGGAUUUCUACCAAGGGGGAUACGAAGUCCAUGGCUCUUCAUAUAAUAUUCUUUUCAUCUUGGUCUCUUAUCAAUAUAUGCUUUUUAUUUCUAUUACACUUGGGUGUUCAUGUAGCUACAAUUAUAUGUGGCGGAGAGCCUUUAUUAUAUCUAUCAACUUUUUGGGGAAAGAAAACAUUGUUAUGUCUUCAUCUUUGUAAUGGCAUUGUCAUACCUUCUCAUCAUGCUGCACAGGCAUAUUCGAUGAAAA